GGGCGCGCAGGCGCGGAGGCACGGGGGUGGACGGGGCGUGCGCAGGAUGGCUGGUCACGAGCCUCGGGCCGUGGAUUUCGUGUAGACUUGCAGAAGAGUGAGCUCGGCGGUUCCGGCCCAGGCUCCUGUGACCACCAGGCAGCGGUCCACCAUGUCCGGGUCCCAGACUCCAGAGCAGGUGCUCGUUGCACAGGGGGACUCCCCCUCAGGCAGAAGGGACAAGGAUGCCCUGGAGGGUGCCCAGUGCUCCCACCGCAUGCUCAGCUUCAGUGAUGCACUCCUGUCCAUCAUCGCCACCGUCAUGAUCCUGCCUGUGACCCACACGGAGAUCUCCCCGGAACAGCAGUUUGAUAAAAGUAUACAGAAGCUUCUAGCAACCAGAAUUGCGGUGUACCUGAUGACAUUUCUGAUUGUAACAGUGGCCUGGGCAGCACACAUAAGGUUGUUCCAGGUUGUUGGGAAAAUAGAUGAUACACUUGCCUUGCUGAACCUGGCCUGCAUGAUGACCAUCACCUUCCUGCCGUACACAUUUUCCUUAAUGGUGACCUUCCCUGAUGUGCCUCUGGGAAUCUUCUUGUUCUGUGUGUGUGUCAUCGCAAUUGGAGCUGUACAGGCGCUGAUUGUGGGGUAUGCGUUCCACUUCCCGCACCUGCUGAGUCCACAGAUCCAGGGCGCUGCCCACAGGGCCUUGUGCCGGGAGCACGUGCUGGGCAUUGUGCUCCGGGGCCCAGCCCUGUGCUUCGCUGCAGCCAUCUUCUCGCUCUUCUUCUUCCCUGUGUCAUACCUGUUGAUGGCGAUGGUUAUCUUCCUUCCGUAUGUCAGCAAGGCUGCCGGCUGGUGCAGAAACAGGCUUCUUGUGGGCCGUGGGGAGCCCCCAGCCCCCAGCAUGGAGUUCUUCACUUUUGACCUCCAUGAGCCACUCAGCAAGGAGCGGGUAGAAGCCUUCAGCGACGGCGUCUAUGCCAUUGUGGCCACUCUCCUCAUUCUGGACAUCUGUGAGGACAACGUUCCGAAUCCCAAGGAUGUGAAGGAGAGGUUCCACGGUAGCCUGGUGGCAGCGCUGCGUGCAUACGGGCCACAGUUCCUGGCUUACUUCGGCUCCUUUGCCACAGUGGGCCUGCUCUGGUUCUCCCACCACUCACUGUUUCUGCAUGUUCGCAAGGCCACACAGUCCAUGGGGCUGCUCAACACGCUCUCAUUGGCCUUUGUGGGUGGCCUCCCGCUGGCCUACCAGCAGACCUCGGCCUUUGCUCGGCAGCCCCACGACGAGCUCGAGCGUGUGCGGGUCAGCUGCGCCAUCAUCUUCUUUGCCAGCAUCUUCCAGUUUGCCAUCUGGACCACAGCCCUGCUGCACGAGGCAGAGACGCUGCAGCCUUCAGUGCGUUUCGGCGGCAGGGAGCACGCGUUCAUGUUCGCCAAGCUGGCCCUGUACCCAUGCGCAAGCCUGAUGGCCUUCGCCUCCACCUGCUUCCUGAGCAGGUUCAGCACAGCCAUUUUCCACCUCAUGCAGAUUGCGGUGCCCUUCGCCUUCCUGCUGCUGCGCCUCCUCGUGCGCCUUGCCCUGGCAGGCCUGCGGGGCCUGCGAGGCCUCUCCCAGCGUGAGCACCCCUUGCUGGGCCAUGCAGGUGAGGCCGAUUCACAGUCGCUGCUCCUGCCUGCACCCUGCUAGCAUCCAGGGUUGGAGGACUUGGGCCAAGGAGGCCAUCCCACCCACCCUAGCCUGAGGCUAACGAGAAGGGAACGACAGGCCAGCAGCAGUUUACGUGAUGGCCCAGGGCUGCAGGUUUAUGAGGCUUGGGUUUUAUUUUCCUUGUGAAAACAUGUUCUGUUUCAGAGUCCUCAGAUUGUCCUCUACUUUUUGCAGGAAGUAGUUCACAGGAACUUUUACUGGAUUUACCCAUCUAUCGUACUUUCCUCAGUAGACACAUUGCCAUUAAGAUUACUCAUCUAGGCUCGGCCUGGUGAUGCAGCCAAUGGCAAAUAGCUGUGGUGCUGGGAACCACAUGGCUGAUGGUAGGCUCAGAUCCCUGAGUUGGCCUGAAAACACUCCAGGUGCACAAGCGUGCCCAAGAACCGGUGAGCUAGAGGGCUGGGGAAAGGGACUGCCGCUUGACAAGACCCUGCCAAGGGCGCUUCUCUCUCUGUCUCCCUCUCAUGCAUGCAUAUAUGCUCAACCAUGAAUAAAUAAACUAAAAAUUA